UCUUUGAGUGUGAGAUAAUAUCCCAUGGUGGGAUCCCAUGGUAUUUUACUUGUAGCUCCUGAAUAACUUUCUCCGAACAUUAAUGUUCAAGCUUUUGUAUUCUUUCUUCUAGGUUUUGUUUUAAACACUGUCCUGAAGACAGUACAUUUGGAACCCCGAACACCCAGGACUGGGUGAGUCAGGAGGCCUCAGAGAACAAACCCCAGUGCCAGCUGAGGAACAUCACAGAGUUGCACGUUCAGCCUCCUGUACCAGCUUCUGCCCAGAGGGCAGUCUCCUGGGGAAGCAGCAGGCCCAAAAACAUCAUCUCAUUUACACCACAGUCCACGGGUGGUUCCUGCUGACUCAAAGACACUCAAACCAAUUUUGGAACAAUAGCAUUUUCCACCAUGCUCAACCAUCCAGACCAUACCUGAAGACUUGAGAGUUUGUUUGUUCUUCAUAAUGGAAGCCAUGAUGUCUCAGGCUAACUGUACCCAGAACCCAAGUUGUAGAAUCAUGACCUUCUACCCAACUGAAGAAGAGUUUAAUGAUUUUGAGAAAUACAUUAUUUAUAUGGAAUCUCAAGGUGCACACCGAGCAGGUGUGGCCAAGAUAAUCCCCCCCAAGGGCUGGGAAGCCAGGAAGACAUACAAUGACAUCAGUGACAUCCUAAUCCCCAGUCCCCUCCAGCAGGACGUCUUGGGCAGGGCUGGUGUGUUCACUCAGUACUCCAAGAAGAAGAAGGCCAUGACGGUUGGGGAGUAUCGUGACCUGGCGAACAGUGCUAAGUAUCAGGCACCCCCACACUCAGAUGUUGACGAUUUGGAGCGAAAAUUCUGGAAAACCCGGCUCUACAGUUCACCGAUCUAUGGUGCUGACGUCAACGGCUCCUUAUUUGAUGCAAACACCAAGCAGUGGAACCUCAGACACCUGGGAACCAUUCAGGACCUGCUGGAGCAGGAGUGUGGGGUGGUCAUCGAAGGCGUCAACACACCCUACCUGUACUUUGGCAUGUGGAAGACAACAUUUGCGUGGCACACAGAGGACAUGGACUUGUACAGUAUCAACUAUGUGCACUUUGGGGAGCCCAAAACAUGGUAUGCAGUGCCCCCAGAGCAUGGCUGGCGACUUGAACACCUGGCCAAGGAGCUCUUCCCGGCCAGUGCCCACAGCUGCAGGGCCUUCCUGCGGCACAAGGUGGCCCUCAUGUCUCCCACUGUCCUCAGGGACAACAGGAUCCCCUUCAGUCGGGUCACGCAGCAGGCUGGUGAGUUCAUAGUGACAUUUCCAUACGGGUACCAUGCUGGCUUCAACCACGGCUUCAACUGCGCGGAGGCCAUCAACUUCGCCAUGCCGCGCUGGAUUGAUUAUGGCAAAGCGGCCUCUCAGUGCAGCUGCGGGGAGGCCAGGGUCAGCUUUCCCAUUGAUGUCUUCGUGCGCACCCUGCAGCCUGAGCGCUAUGAGCUUUGGAAGCGCGGGCAGGACCAGGAGGCGGUGAACCAUGUGGCGCCUGCAGCAACGGGCAGCCAAGAGCUGGGCACCUGGAAGGAGUUGUGGGCAACCAGGAGAGCUGCACUGGGCCUCCGGGACCUGCCGCCCCGCCGCUCGCUGAGCCCUGCCAGGCAGGUGGCCGUGGGGCGAAGGGGCCACCGCCGCGCCCCUAGGCUGCCCGCAUCUCGGCGCUGUGUGCGGGCCUCUGAUCCUACCUCUGUGGCUCAGGGCGGGGAUGCCGCUUGUUGGUCCCUCGAGCAUGGCUCAGCCCUGCUGACAACCCAGGGCCCAUCUGACCUGGGUCUCCACCCAACUGGCAGGCGUGGUCCUGGCCGUCGUCCUCGGGAGCAGGGGAUUCAGGAGCUGACUGACCAGGCCCCGGCCAAGAGGCGCCUCUUGCUCAGCACAGCAUUAGCAGCUCAGGAUCCCGACGCUCAGGCCCUUUCUCCAGAUGGACCCUCACUGGACAACCCUGCACCACCGAGCACUGCGUCCCCGCAUUCUGCUCAGGCUUCCGGGUGCUGCAGUGUCCCUGCACCCUAA